GAGAGUAGAGGGCUUGUACGAGUUGAUGGUUGAACGUCAAGGAAUUGGAUGUAGUUAGCGUGCCAAGGCCCUUUAGGCUUCGUGCCUCCGGGCGAAAUAAAUUCCAUCCAUCCAUCCAGCCUAGGGCUGGCUUGAUAGGAAAGGCUGCGUGAAUCGUGCCGAAAACAGAAUCCGUUUGCCUGUUCCGGUGCCACCGUGUGACCGGCGAAAUGGAGACAUCGCCUGUAUUAAGUGCCGGCCUUGGGAAUUGCACAAGCAGAGGUAGGGGAAUCAGACCGGGGUGGUGCGGAAGGAUAAGCCAGACAACGCGCCCCCCUCGCAGUGGCUCCUUUCUGAGUUCAAGCGGCGAUAGUUCAACUGUGGAGGUGUUGGGAAGACAAGCUUCGGGGACCCAACCAGAAGACGGAACUGAUGUUGCUGUGAGCCAAGUUGAUGAAUCCUCCUCCACGGCCUGGAGUCAUGGCGGCGGUGUGACGGUUGAGGCUGCAAGGCGGAAGGCUGCCAUUGUUGCGGUGCGUGGGGUGUGCAAGGCUGCCUUGACUGGUGCUUUCCCAGCUGGGUGCGUGUUGAGUCCGAUCAAUCGAGAAAACGGAAGGAGCUGCGGAACUGGUAAUUUAGAAUGUUGCAUUGGGUUGGUUCGAGGCAGGGAUGCAAACUUGGAACUUCCUUGUGUUGACCUCAUCACCUCCGAGCUGGCCAGGUGGUUUUCAUUGCAAGUCAGUCAUGCCCAAAUUCAGUCGGGCACUCUGUACUAAGGGCGAGCUCCCGACACAACACAGGAGAUAUGGGGGUUCAUGUGCUGCUUGCAGGCGCCGCCUGUGCCUUAGCCUUCCAUUACAUGUUUGGGCGACCAUGGAC